GUGCAAAGUGCAGUUUGGAAAUAUACCCAAAACUGGGAGUGUUGCGAUGGACGAGCCGCCACCGUUGUGUUCUCUUUCGAUGCUAGAGGACGGGGGUAACCAGCAUGUCGAGGGCGAACAGACUGUCAUGGACGAGAUGCUGGAAGUCGCCACCCGUGCCAAAGCGAUGAAACAGGCUGCGAGAGUUGCCGACGAACGGAAACGAAGUCAAACAUUUGGGGGUGGGCUCAAGAAGGGGUUCUUUAGUAAUCCCAAACCAGCAAAGAAGAAAUCUGUAUCCACUGCCGUGGCCAUAUCUAGUAGUCCGGACAUCCCAACCCUCCGUCGCAACCCCGCCAAGGAAUCGUCACUCCAUCUGCCCGAAGUGCACGACGCGAUGAAUCAAAUGCAAAACCUCAAGCCCGAAGAUUGGAUGACCCCUGCUUUCUUCGAAAAGCUCGGUCGGAACCCCAAAUUGUGCCAAGCCAUGAAAAACCCUCGCUUUACGGCCGCCAUCCAAGAAAUGUCGACCAAUCCCACCGCGGCCAUCCUCAAGUACCAAAACGAUCCCGACUUCGGCGUGAUGUUUAAAGACUUUCUCCAGUUCAUGGGCCACCAUUUCGAAGAGCUCGGGAAAAUCGAGGAGAAAACGGCCAUACCCACAAGGGACGACAUUCAGCGGCAAGCGCUGACUUCGAUGAGCAGAUCGCCAGAAGAAGAUGCAGUUGUUCAGCGCAUUCUCGCAGACCCUGAGCUGCAGGGUAUUCUAGGCGACCCGGACAUGCAAAAGGUCCUGCGAGCGUGUCAAGUGCCGGGCGUGCUGUCAAAAUACAUGAACGACAAAGUGUUCGGACCCAAGAUUCAAAAGCUCGCCCGGGCUGGGCUUGUGCAAUUGCAUCCGUAACUUCGACAUGAAGGCAAAACAAACAAGUGAUGUAAUUUCGCAGCAACGUUACAGCAUUGCACUAGGGUGCGUGUGGUAACAUUUCCCAUUUUCUGGCAAAAUGGGAUAACCAAACAUGCUAUUUUCAAAAUGGAGGCUCACGGAGUCAUAAAUCCCACGUGGAAUUGUUGGAUUUGGGUUCAAACUCGUCAAGCAAGACAUAUAUUUUAAAAUGUAUCAGCGUUAUUGCAUUUAUUGACAAUUUGGCUCCAAAAUGCAAAAUGGCGGUUGGGCCAGAACAUUGUAAAAUAUUCAUUCAGGUUGCCCUUUUUAUUUCGACUGACUGCACACAAUACCCAUCCGGACCCACGACGCCAUUGCCCCCAGCAAUGCGAAAGCACUUUGUGGACGGAAACACUGCAAAACAGUUGGACGCGAGUGAAAAUGUCAAACUGCAUGCACACACGAGUAGCACCACGGCGCCGGCGACGCGACUGUGGCCGCCCCGACGCUUCAGCGCUUGCAGUUGGGGUUUCUGGGACGGAAGAAGAACCAGGGGGACGAGGGCCACUAGUUUGCAGCCAUACGAUAUCGCAUACACGGUCGUGACGUCCCAUCGAACGGCGUUGGAAUCGGUCUUAAUGUCGUUUUGGCUGACUUUAAAGAACGAGUCCACGUAAUUGUACACGGCGGCCGACAACGGGUAGGUCAAAUUCGCCAACGACGUCAGCAGGCCAUACGUGGCGCCUUCUGUGCCCACGUCGGCCAUUUCCACGGCACAGAACGACCCGAUGAUCAUGAUCAUUCCGUUCGGAAUCUGCUCGAACAUGGUCACCCCAGCGAAGAACCACUGAUUUCGAACCACAUUCCACGUCGUGCACAACAUGACGGUGGCGUCCAGCACGAGAAUGGACAAGUUGGCCACCACAAGACUCCACCGCCAGUUCCAGUGCAGCCCGUACCUGCCCACGAUCGCCAGUGCGGAGCAAAAGAGCGCAGUACCGACCAUCGUGGACACGGCGUCUGUGAGCGGCGUCACAUGGGCCCACGUGGACUUGAUCGGGUUGAGCGGCGUGGCCGUGAUGGUGCGGAAGAAGCCAUUGACGAACUUGAAAAUGCACACUUGCCACAUGGCCUGUCGUUGAAGUAGCGCCCAGAACCCUUGCCACCACGACGCGACGGUAAUAAUGGUCGAUGGGGAUGCAGUUGUCGGGUCCUCUUGCACAACAACCACCACGGCCACACAUGCCAGCAGACACGGCACCAAGCAAAGGGCAUAGGGAACGUUUGGAGACAGCGAAAACGAAAACGUACCAUUGUACUGGAUGCCGUUGAGCCCAAAUGCAGUGACUGCCAAUGCAGGAAGGCCACAGAGGUACCGAGUGGUGAACGCCGCGGUUUGCACGCGACCACGCGUGGCCAGCGGUUCUCGCUGAGCGUACUUGAUGAUCAUGGCGUCAGAAGCGCAUUCGGCAAUGACAUAUCCGACGGAGACAAGCAUUGACAGAAUAAUGAACAGCGAGCCUUGGUCUGGCGCGUGGAGAUUGAAGUGCGAACGUAGCUCUGCCAAGGGCACGUUGGCCAGUGGCGUACCGCAGUACGAGCUAAGCUUGCGAUUGCAAUAUGGAGCUCCGAUCGGUAACGAUGCCAUGAUCGCCAAGCAGACAAAGCACACCGACCAACCGAGAACCAUCCACGACUUGCGACGGUAGCCAAAUAUGGGAACGCAAUCGGACAACAUGCCAAACACGACUUUAAAGGACCAACCCAUCGACACCAGCACGCCAUACGACGCUGUUUGAUACCCUUCCAUUUGCAAGUACACGUUGAAAAUUGGGUAAUUGAGUGCCGGCAGGAGGGUGAAGACGAACCCUACUGCACCGAACUGGGCAAGCAGACCCAGAAUCUCAGGCGAGUUAAGAGGCUGAGCACCACCAGGGACAAGAGCAUCGCCUUCAAUUGAUGUCUUGUGAAUCUCUUGGAUCAACGGCAAGCUCUCCUCGUAAACGUGCUGGGGAUCCAUCGAAAAGUUUC